UUCUCGCAGUGUCGAACCCCCUCGUUCGUCCCGAUCGUCGUCGUUCGUCUCUUCCGUUCGUAUUGUCCUCCCCGCGUAUCGCGACCUAAGGUUUAACUCGUCGUGUCUAACUUCGCGCUCUCGUCGUGGCAUCGUCGCCGCGAAGUACAGUGGCGUAAGGUGCUGUCCGUGUAAACGCGAACGUUGUGUGUGUAUAUGUGUGUUUCACUGGUGUGUCUUCUCUCUCUAUCUCUCUCUCGCCGCGCGCGAUAUUAUCCGGUAUUUCGAUACCGCUACCAUCUAUAGACUCGUAACACACUUUUACACCGCGGUUAAGCUCGCGAAUCGACCACGUGACAGCCGCGCCGCCCGACGUCGUUGCUCUUGCGCACGGAAGCAACCGGGUACUUCCUCACUCUGUGUGAAGUUAGCCCCGCGUCCUCUUAACUUCCUCGUCGCGAUUAUCGUCGUCUCCUUUUACGGAUCUCUCGAUUCUCAUCGCGGCCAGUGAAUCGACCCGGGUUUUUACCGGCAGCCAAGAAUCUCGUUUCGUCGUCGCGUUCUCGUACAUAUAUAUAUAUAUAUAUUUCAUUCGUCGAGAGGAAGACCGACCAUCCCCUAGACCGAGAUCAUCCUGGACAUGAACGCGACCAUGAAGGACGGAGACCGCAACGAAACGCAGGGGGUCGCGGGGAACGAACCGGCGACCAAGGAACUACCGGUCAGAUCCAACGACCUCGCGCAAGUCGUCACCUCGAUACCGCUGAUGCAGUGUGGCUCUCUGGAGAUCGGCGAGGAACGCCAGCGUCGGGUCGCUAUGAUGGAGUCGCUCUGCCAAGUGAACGGCAGUAAGACCAACGGCCUUAGCAAUGGAGAUGUUAAUAACGAGACCAACAAUAAUAACACUAAUAACAACAACAAUACCCACAAUAAUAACAAUAACAAUAGCAACAACAAUGCCACUGAUUGCCCAGAUCCUCAGCAGAGAUUGGCGGUGCUGAGCUUCGAGCAGGUCCGUCGUCUAAACGACGUGAUGAACGAAGUCGUCAGCAUUCACGGUCGAGGAAACUUCCCUACUUUGGAAGUGCGAUUGAGGGAUCUCGUGACGGUGGUGCGCAGCAAGCUAGAGACCGAUCCGAGCAACGGGGGCGCCGGCAUGAGGGUACGCGAUAUCCGGUUGAACGGCGGUGCCGCCUCUCACGUGCUGGCCACCGAAUCCCAGCCCUAUAACGACCUGGACCUUAUCUUCGCGGUCGAAUUGUCUAGCGGCCGUAACUACGACAAGGUCAAGGCCGCGGUGCUCGGCUCCCUGUUCGACUUGCUGCCGGAAGGCGUGAGCCGCAAACGCAUCACCACGUGCAGCCUAAAGGAGGCCUACGUGAGCAAGAUGGUGAAGGUGAACAACGAUGGUGACCGAUGGUCUUUGAUCUCCCUCGGCAACUCCCGGGGUCAUCGGAAUGUCGAGCUCAAGUUUGUCGACUCGAUGAGGCGACAGUUUGAGUUUUCCGUCGAUUCCUUCCAGAUUGUUCUCGACUCUCUGUUGCUGUUUUACGAAUGCAGCAAGCUGCCGAUCGCCGAGAACUUUUACCCGACCGUGGUGGGUGAAUCCGUCUACGGUGAUUUCCAGGAGGCGCUCUACCAUCUGCACAAGAAGCUUAUUUCGACGAGGCAUCCCGAAGAGAUACGCGGCGGCGGUCUGCUCAAGUACUGCAACCUGUUGGUGAAGAUGUAUAAACCGUCACAGCCGGAUUACAUCAAGACCCUCGAACGUUAUAUGUGUUCGAGAUUCUUUAUCGACUUCCCGGAUAUAGGACAACAGCGCUCUAAGCUUGAAAACUACUUGUGGAAUCACUUUGUCGGACCCGAAGAGGAGGCUCUCAAGUACCAGUACCUGAUGCUGCUGCACAGCGUUGUCGAGGAAUCGACCGUGUGUCUGAUGGGCCACGAGCGACGGCAGACGCUCUCCCUGAUCCAGAACCUUGCUUAUCAGGUGCUCUGCCAGGAGCAACAGCAGCGAUUAACGAGUCAUCAACAAGCGCCGCAGGGUCCGCCUGCCACCUAUGUUUAUGCCAACGGUUAUUACUACGCGCCCGUGAUACCCACGACGGCGUGCUACACAUGCACUUGCAACUGGAUGGCGUGUUCGUCGUGAUGCGACGGCAUCGACGAUAACGCCGUAUCUGUAGACGCUGCCACUACUACCGCCAUUGCUAUCGCCACUACUACCACCACCACUACUACUACUACCACGACGAGCAAAAUCGUCCCCGAUUGUUGCGGCGUUAAUGAGCCCAACCACCUCAAUUUCUACAAUCAUGGUUGGUAUCAGAAAUACGAGUGCGGGAUUUAUUACCUUUGCACUUAUGGUCUUUGCUGUCCUCUCAAAGAACCCGAAGAUCUCUGUUGCGCUUAUGAUUCUUUCGAAGAUCCCUUGAAUGUGGAGGACGAGGAAGACUAUAUCGAUCACUCUAACGUCAAAGAAUCUAACCUCCUCAGUUGACAUUCAUCGGAUGGAUGUUGGAGUGAUGCAAGCUUUAGAUACGGAGUGAUAUAGAAAUCUUUAGCGCCGAGGAUGAUCAUUGACAGAUGCAGGAACAACGAAACAGUGGAUCGAGAAGGCAGCGUGUUCGCGGACGGCGGAUGUAUAAUAUCGUCGAUGAUAGGCAAGGUGAUGCGGAGCUUCUUCAUCGCGAGUCUCCGGCCUUCCGUCGCGAGUGCUACUUUUCUAGGCACUUGUAAACACUCUCAGUGGCAAAUGCUGCAGCGAGGUUGGGACCAAACGCUGGUGCCGGCUACGCGAUUGCGGCGUUACAAUUAAAAGACUAUAAAAGACUCUGGAAACAAUGUGUUGUGCCUAAAAAUAAAAAGAAAAAAAAGGCAGAUCGGGAGACGUUCGGAGAGGAUUAGGAAGACGCGACGGAAAAAAAAAAACGUUCCUCCGAUGCACUAAAAGUGGACAAAAGAAGCAUAACAAGAAGGCAAGACGGCUUCAGAUUAGCAGAACGAGUGCCGUUUUACAUUGAUGAAGCGCGAUUUUUGAGUGAACAGAUGUCGGCAUUGUCCCAGAACGAUCGUUGUCGACAGAAAGGACGUCGACUUUGUACCACGCGGAUUCUGGACGACGCCGUGUUAGAGAAGAAGCUGAAAGAAAACCGGAAGAUGCGAGAAGAUGUCAUGAUACUUUGUACAAACAGGGAGGAAAAAGAAGAGUCGAAAAAAAUGAGGAUUUUACAAUUUACGAUUCGAGCGUCCCUGCCUCCUCUGUUUCAAUUUUUCUUUUCUCUUUUUUUUUUCUUACUUUGUUUCAUUUCUCUCGCAGAACCGAUCGCAUGCCGAAUAAUCAGCAGAGCGAGAAUAGAAAAGACGAGGAGGGAAUAGAACGGUGGGAAGGUUUUUGUGUGGCUACGGAGAAAUAUAUAUAUAUAAAUAUAAAUAUAUUUAAAUAUACAGAUAUAUGUAUAAAUCUCUAUGUAUAAAUAAUUAAUGUGUGGCUGUGAACACAUUUCAUUUAGAUACUGUGUAUAACGUGAUAAGAUUUAAAUUCGAGAAGAUGUAGCGGCGGCACGACCGGAGUGCGCCGAAGAGAGAGAGAGAGAGAGAGAGAGAGAAAGGACGAGCAGAGAGUGCACGCAGAUCGAGAAGGAAACGCGAGCCGUUCUUUCUCUCAUUUCUGCGAGAACGCGGGCGAUCGUACAUAUACACACAUACAUACACAUACAGACGCGUGCAUUCGCAUAUCUACGUAUACUGGACGUGUCUGACCACAACCGUGCUUUUCUUUGACGAUAAAUACUGUAUGAGUAGUAAAAGAUGGCGUUUCAAGAAAAAUGUGGCUGCAAUCGCUUUUUAAUAGGAGAGAUGAUUAUAAGUCUCUCUUUCUCUAUAAAAUUUAAUAUAAUUGCGUAAUCUCUACAGAAGCUUACAAAAUAAUUUGAAAGUUGCGUUAUAUUACAGCAGGAAACAUUUAAAUAAUUUAAAAGUAUGCGAAUAAAACACAUUUCAAGUACUUUGUGGCAGUAACCCAAGAACAAAAAUCAAUAUUCAAUAUUGUUAAUGUAUCCUUAUACAUUCUGAAAUCCGUCAUUAUCAUACCAUUGUCUCGACAAUCGCACAAUCGCGUAGCUCACAUGAUAGUUUCAUUCCACAUCUAUAUACGCAUGUAAGCGUAAAGACUUUGGUUCUCUCCUAUUUAAAAAAAUUUGCCGUGUCUGUCACAUCUUUUUUAAAGCACUUUAUUUACUCGUGCAUUAUUUAUCGUUGAAAAAAAAAAACUGUAGUUAUUAACGAUAUCCGGCAUACAGAAAAGUAACUUUAGAUCCCAUGCUGUUUUACACGAUUUUGCAGCCUGAAACUCGUCGGCGCGCGUCGUUCAAAAUAAGACAAAGAAAAGAAUGAUGACGACAAUGAUCUCGGAGGAAGAGAAGACAUGAGGGGUGGAGGGGAAUUGAGACGGAUGAGAGUACGAGAUAGAAGCGAAGAGGCGGAAUCACUCGGAAUUACCCUGUAUAUACGUUGAGCGGAGACACGAUUCGUGUAUAAAGAUAAAGAGUGACUUUCGAGAAGAUCAUUUUCUUAGAGCAUUAUCGAAGAGAGACGACGCGAACGCGUUAAUAUCCUGGAAAAACGGCCGAUUCAUUGGACGUUAACGGGCCCGAUCUUUCGCGGGGCAACAGUUUGCAUAACGUUCUUUAAUGAGACAUCGUAAAUAUUUAAUAGAGCCCGAGCACGUCUCGAGCACGGUUCAACCGGGCGCUCACGCAUAUCCGCGUGUGUAUACGCACGUUAUACAUACACGAAGGCCGACGUCGCGCUCGAGUCUGUCCGAUAUAUGCGUGUAAGCGGCUAUAUGUAUACACGGAUAUACAUAUACACAUGCAGCCCACCAUGUGUACACCCCUUACAUACGAAUUUCUAUCUUCUUUUUUUUUUUUUCUUUCUCUCACCCUCUCUUUCUCUCCUCCCCAAUCCUUCUCUUUCUCUCGUACACCCGCGCGUACCCACCCGUGUGUCCUCCGUGCGUAUCCGUAUCGACUGGUGACCCCGUUAGUUAGCUCGCUCGCUAACAGGCCUCGUUUGCCUCGCUCGCUCACUCUUACUUUCAAUUCGCGAGCGAAAGUAAAGGCCUAAUAAAAAGCCCGCAAACUGGUUUUUCAGGUAUAUCGCGUGUUAAUGCUAAGGAGAUCCAGCCGCCGGCGCAGCCGGAGUGCCUCUAUCGCCUAUCGCUCUACUACCACCACCGGGUCCCACCGUCGUGUCCCUUCUCCCUUUUCCUGGACGCCUCGUAUCGAGGCCGCUGACGCUCGAUCGCACCGCGACGACCUAUUCCGCGCUUCGCGACCGUUGCCCCGCCUCGCCUUGCCUCGUCUCGCCAAGGUUUUCCGCAAACGUGAAUUUUUUGAGAUAAGCAUCCUUCUAGCACGGUGGAACUUUCCUUCGUCAAUCGAUGUGGGGGUGUUGCAAAUUGCUGUCGUAUUAUUUAAUACGCCGUGUUGUGGCUCGAUUCUAAAGUUUGACGAAAUCCUACAUGUAAGUAGGAUGCUGCGUAACGUAGAACGAGGGGAAAAAAAUUGAUGAAUAUAUAGUAGAAAUAUCAUUGUUAUAUAUAUAUAUAUAUAUAUGAUCAGAUCGUUUGUACAUUUAUUAUUUGUAUUUAUUAUAUCUCAUUAUAUUUUGAUGAAAAGAAAACACUUGUUACUGGCGGUCCGAUGUGUCUCGUGAUGGAGGAUAUUUACGCAGUGACUAGCGAUUUCGUAUCAUGAAUGCCUCCUACAAGCGAGCUCUUUUAAUAACGGUCUUUAAUGCAAAUUAACGUCGUACCGUGUCUCCUCUUUUACGUCACAUCCGAGCCACUCGCGGCGCUCAACGGUCGAGGAAUUAAUCCACGAUGAGUCCGAGAUGAGUCGACCGUUGUCAGAAUUAAACCUUCCGCUGUCUGUAAAAAGGUGUAGCGAAUUCGUCGAGCGCAUUCUGCUUUCUUCCUCAUCGCUUUCCAUCGCUCUUAAAUAGCGACGUGAACAAACUUGCGAAUAAUGUUUAGCGAAUAUUCCCUUGUCUAAACUAUUUCCUUCUUUCAAACCAUAUUUGUUUUACGUGUAACAAAUAAUGAUGUAUAAUAAAUAGGUGACUUGUUUCAAAAUUUCGACUUAACAUCACGUAAAAAGAUUUUUAUACCGUCAUCUGCUACGUGUGUACAUUGGUUUCGUGGCAACCGAAAGUUAAUGUAUUGUUAGGAAAAAGAAAACAAAAAACGCAGUAGAUAGAAGCUGAUGAAAGAAUUAUAGUUACAAACCACAACUAGCUCGCAGAAUAUUCAAGGUGGUAGUAAGAAGCAAGGCUGAUAGUAACCGAAACUUCAAAAUCAGUAUCAGCAUCAUAUUUUAGCACUAAUGUGUUAUUUAAAUUUUGUUGAUUCGUGUGUUGUUUUUAUAUGUGAUUUAUUUACUUAACCGUUUCACAUGUUAAAAAAGAGGAGCGAGAAAUUCGGCAAUUAUUAUUCGCGUGUGUUUGCCGUGUGUAUGUGUCUAAAUUUAAAUUCGAGAUUUAGAAUAUAGGAAGAACACAUUCUUUUCUUUGUUAAUGUUUUGUGUUAAUUGUAUUUAUGUAUUGAUUUCAAUGUGCAUUUGCGAAGAAGAAAUUUAGACGGAUAGCCGAAAUACACACAUGCCAAUUUGCAAUAAUUAUAAUCGCGUCUGCGAUAAGUCUCAGGGUUAUCUGCCAUUAUCAAGGACGCGUUGAUUACGAUUCAGUGAUAAACGAACACUAACUGCAACUUGUAUAGACCAUCCAAUAUGUGUGAUCAUAUCUACGGUAAUAAAGAUAAUAUGGAGCGUAAAUUAAUAAAUACAUUAUUAGUUCUCUAUGUGUGCGCGAGAACCUCGACAAGCUUGCAGUUAAUCAAAAACUAAUCUGUUAUUAAAUUGUGCAUUAUUCAAAAUUUAACGUAUUAGCGAAGAGGAAAAGAAGAAUGGGUACGAGAAAUGUGAAUCAAUUUUUUUCUUGUUUUUAUAUCGGUAAUAUUUUAAUAAAUUCGUACGUUGUGUCAAAUGUAAAGGUAAAUUAAUACAUGUACAGAGAUAAAUGAAAGUUGAUACAUAUUAUGCGCAUAUAGGAAUGUAAGAUAUAUUAUAAUUCUCGUCAGUUACAUAAUAAUAAUAUUAAGGGCAGUGCCGCGAUCUUCAGGCUGCAUAUUAUUAAGGGAGAGAAAAAAAGGAGAGAAAAUAUCGCAUCGACAGCAUUGUCAUAGUAUUUAGGAGAAACAUAAAGACGUAAAUAUAUUUUCAUACGGCGCACACAGGCGUGCCGAUCGUCGCGAAAUCAACAAGACGCAAAUAAGAAUCAAGCCAGGAAUGUCGCACGCAUAUUCACGCGCGGACGUAUAAACGCACAAUAUAGAACUCGUAUUAAAAUCCAUAUAUGCGAGACGCAAAACGCGGAGUGAGAUGAAGGCUCUUGACGUUUUCUCUUUUCAAUCAUUUUUGAGCAAAUUACACAGUGCUCUUACAUUGAAACAUUAAUCAUAACCGAGGCGUGUAUUCUUAAAAUAGAUUUAAAAUAUGAAUUGUGAGAGGGAAAAAAUAUACAUAUAUGUAUAAAAGUUAUAAACUCUUUGUAAACUUUAAGAGAAAUUUGCAAAAUUUAUAAAAAAAAAAAAACAAUAUAAAAUCAUGCUUGUUCUAAAAAUAGUAGCAUAAAUAAAAUAUUAAUUUAGAUCCAGUCUGCAAAAUGGAAUGUUGGUUUUUCUUAGAAUACAAGCCUCAACGAUUAUUUCAUUUGCGUGAUUGAUUUCUCGAAUCCUGUGAAUCGGACAUGGUGAAGAAGUCGAGUCCUUCAAUCUCUUAAAAUCUACCUUCUGUUAAUAGUUUCUCUCAUUACGAUUGUUUUUUGUUGUCGAUCGAGACAGUCAAUUUUUCACCAAGCGCUUUUAAAAUCCACUGUCGAUAUGUAAUUAUGUGUACUAUAAUAUAUAUACAUAUAUAUCUCUUGAAAGGUAUGGAGAGGACACACACGUCCACGUUAUACAUUGCUGUUAUAUAUUUUACUACAGGAAAUGCGACAUACACUAAUGAAUUUAUCUCUCUAUUAAUAUAUGUAUUGCCUUAAUGGAACGCUAUAACGUAAUUACAUGGUAAUUAAAGGAAAAUAGCACAGCCG